CUCCGGAGAGCCUGUUGAGGUGGAUGCAGGGGGAUGCUUUGCUCGGUGCUGAGUGGAGUUCUAAUCGUCCGGAGGCGAGAGACAACCGCACCAGCGACAGUCUGACCGACAAGAUCAGAAACUUGAAACUGGAGAUGGGCUGUCUGCGUGCUACAGACGUGCGGAUCCUGCACCAGCUGGUGACGGUGCAUGAGGCUAUGGAGGCUGUGCGCUGGCUGCUUGAGGAGCGUGGCACUCUGGUCAGCAGCCUGACAAGCAGCCAGUGUAGCCUGGCUGAGGGGCCUGGGUCUGGCUUGUCCCCUUGCAGGGAGGGCCUGAGUCUGGCCCUAACUAGCUGGCAGAGUCCUCUAAAUGAUGCCAAUGAAGAACCAGAAGAGCUGAAAGUACCAGAUAGCAUCUCUGGGGACAGCUACUUCCAUAUGCUCACAAAUGCCGUUUCUUGUAAUGACACAGAGUUGACACUAGAGGGCGUUGUUAGCCCUCCUGAGAGAACAGGAGAAACUGGGACACCGCACUGUGGUCUCCCAGAGGAGAGACAAGGGGCCUCGGAGGGUGAAAUUGUGGGGGUGGAGGAACAGACCAUUCCCAGUUGUGAGGUUCUGUUGGGGUAUGACACUCAGUGGUGCUGGGUGGAGUCUCAAGACGAUGUGACGUUUCUCUGACGUUAUAAGCACAAUUCAAAAGAUGCUUUAUGACAUGAAACCUUCCCUCUUCGCCUACCAAAAUUAGAUGCAAUGGUGCCAGUUGGACAUGAGGUGCCGUCCUGGACUAGGAGCGACAUUUAAAUUGACAUUAAAGUGUCCAUGGUGGACUGGAUGAAUGCUAGUAGCAUUGUUCUCUAGAGGAGCAAAAUCAAGGCGUACUCAUAUUUUGAUUUAGCUACUUUGGUUUGUCAGUUGUUGCCCUUUUGCUUUUCAAUGAGUCACCGUUGCCACUUUCAACUAGAUGUAAAUCAUGUUCUCACUAUCACAUGUUUUGCUAGAGAAAGCUUAUGUAGAGGGCUCAGCAGAAAAUGCAUUGACGUUAUGACAUAUCAUAAAUGGACGCAGACAUUUGACAUCUAAAAGGCCAUUAAGCCGAUCACAACUCCAGUGUGAUACUAUAAUUAAUCCUUAUUUUCUGGAUGCAAAUGUGUUACUCAGAAUAUUAUUCUGUUGAAUGAAAUAAAAAGACAAUUUUUUGCCCAA